AUGGGCGCGGAGCCCGCAGCGGCGCCGGCCCGUGCGCCCGCCAGCGGCGCCGCUUUCCCCGCCUCGGAGGACUCCCGUCUCGCAGAUCCGCCUUCCUCACCCGAGGCCGCCGCGGCGCCGGCCGCGCAGCUCUGGGCCAGGCUGGUGGGGCUGUCCGCGGCCGAGCGGGCCGCGGCCAUCGGCGCGCUGAACGGCCCCCAGCGGGCCGGCCUGCGCCAGUUCCUCGAGGCGCGCCGCCAGACCCGAACGGGCGACGGCGACGCGGAUGCCCCCCGAGGCGACCCUGUGGUGGUCAAGGAGGGGACCCCACUGCAUCCGCUGGCGCCGCGGCACCGAGUGGGCGCAGCUCCUCGGGCGCCGGCGCCUGGUGCACAG